AUGCAAAAUUAAAUGAAUUUUAUUAACAUAAUUUCUAAACUACUCAUAUUUGCAAUAAACUUGAUUACAAAUAUAAAUUAGUAAAAAAGUUAUGUGUAAACUAAUAACAUAUUGAUUAUGUUGAUAUAAUUAUUAUUUUAAUAUAUAUCUCUCUAUAAAAUUGUAACAACCCUUUCCAAAUAUAUAAUUUUUUUUAGGUAAUUAUUUUUAUAAACUAAGAUCAGAAGUUGAAACAUUGAAAAUAAGAUAUUUAAUUAUAUUAUACAAUUUAAUUCUAGCACAUUAAAUAAGAAUUUUAAAACUUAAAAGAAUAGAAAUUAAUAUCACUUUUUGUUAAUCAAUGGAUAAAUAGUGA